GCCACCAGGCAUAGGACGUGAAUGACGGAUUUCAUUCCUGGAGGUAAACCAUGUCAGCGGAAAACAUUACGAGGAAGCCUUCAGCGAACAAGAAUAUUAAAAAGCUGCGUGCCAUAAGCAUGGUGUGCAGCUUAACGCGUAGCUGGCAGCAGUGGGUUAGCGAUAAUGAGGAGAAGCAGGCCUGCGAACCCAGCGGGUGGGCCCCGGGAUGCCCUGAAGACCCCAAAGAUGCAAUUAAAGAAGCGGCCAAGAACCGUCUCUCUCAUUUGAGUCAGGACCCUACAAAGAGCCAAGGUGACGGGGAGGCCCCAGGAGAGUCCCUUAUCAGAACGGCACAGGUGAUCAAAACAGUGACCAGAGAUGUCCAGGAGAGAAGCGCAGGUAUUGAGUUUUUGACCAAACGCAUCUGUAAGGACCCGGCCACAGAUGAACUGGACAAGAUGUUGAGCAAGAAAGGGUCACCCACCCGCCGGAGGAUGUGCUCCAAUAUGGUUUCAGAGCUGAUGCAAGGGUGGAAGGAAAUAGAGAAGGAGAAAAUGCAGGCUAAGGAGGGAAAUGUUGAUAAUGAGUUUGCAGAAGAAAGAGACCUGCAGCUAGGAACCAACCAGGAAAAUGAUCAAACAAAUGAACAUACAGAAUCAUCUUCAAUCAGGAUAAAAAGAUCUACUUUGCUUGGGAGCAAGAAGGAUGUAGAGGAUGCCAACAAAAUAAACGCCCUGUCAAAGAAAUACAGCACUGUGGGCAACCUGAAAAACCGGUGGCAAAAUUGGGCCUCAGAGCAUUCCGUCAAUCAGAAGCUCAACCCCUUCAGCGAUGACUUUGAUUAUGAGUAUUCCAUGUCCACCCGUUUGCAGAAGGGUGAGGAAGGCUACGGGCGACCCAAAGAGGGCAGUAAGACAGCAGAAAGGGCCAAACGCGCCGAGGCACACAUCCACCGUGAGAUAGAUGACAUGUGCUUCGUUAUAAGGACUAUGGCGGAUCUGGAUCCAGAUGGACGCACUAGAGUGACCUUUGGGGAACUGUUUGACAGAUAUGUGCGAAUCUCUGAUAAAGUCGUGGGUAUCCUGAUGAGGGCCAGGAAGCAUGGAAAGGUGGAAUUUGAGGGUGAGAUGCUGUGGCAGGGUCAGGAUGAUAAUGUCAUUAUUACACUCUUAGUAUGACAUGGCGUUCACUCUGACCUCAUGUGAAGGUUUGCUGCUAUGGAUGAAAUGUAGAAAAUUACAAAAAAAAUGUUUUAUGUCAGAUAUAAGGUUUGUAAUUUUGCAAUCCGAGUUUUCUGAGCUGUCUCAGCUUGCAUUCUGUAUUGUUUACUUCUGUUUGAUGUAUUAGGAUGUAUUGUAUGUAGAAAGAUUAGUUUAAUUCCAGAUUAAAUAAUAUUUGUAAAAAAGGAAUUAUUCAUAGGAAAUCGGACUGUACAGUUACAGUAUAUUGUUCAGUCUCACACAGUCUGUCAUACAAUAAACAUCCAGAAGAGGGAGCAGUAAACUCACGCUACAAUCGCCCCCUCAUAUUAUCUCUGAAUUUAAUAUUAUACUAUUAUAGAAAGUAGACGAUAGAUGGGCCUGUAAAAUUGUGGGUGGGCUGGAAUAAUUCGUAUCACCCUUUCAACCGGUAACGUAAUCAUAGAAGAGAAUCUACAGACAGCUAUAUUAGCGCGCAGCUAAUAGGGCCGUAACGUAACUGACGUCAUGUGAGCGCUCCAUAUUCGUAAUAAAAUGUGGAUAUUAUUAUUAAUUUUAUUAAUAAACAAACAAUUCCAAUGUAUUUAUUUAAUUCAUACAACAUUUAGAAUGAAGGGUAAAGAAUAAUAUUUUAAAUAAUAAACACUUUCAAUGUUACUAAAUCGUUUAAUUACUAGUUUACUAUUAGUUAAGUAACUAAUAAUUAGUUACUAAAAGAUAUUUGAAAGAAUGCUUGUAACCAAACAGUUCUUGGACCCCAUUGACUACCACCAUAGUAGGAAUAAUUACAAUGGUAGCCCAAAGUGCCCCAACUGUUUGUUUUUCUACUUUCUUCCAAAUAUCUUCUCUGUGUUCAUCAGAACAAAUACAUUUUUACAGAUUUGGAACAACUUGAGGGUGAGUAAAUGAAGAAAUUUUCAUUUUUGUGUGAACUGUGCCUUUAAUGCCAGACGUUAUUUCCGGGUUUGAGAUGGGAAACACAUUAUGUGGAAACAAUCCGAGGUGUCUGGAACGGCUCUCA